UCAUCGAUGAUCACGACUGUCUUACCGAACAGACCAUAACAAACCCUUGCAACGUGGCACUGGGAACCUUUGCUGGACAGCUUUAAAUGGGACGAGCAGAUGAGUCUCCUGUACACUUCCCUUCCAUCACCCUAGCUAUAAUGCGCACGGGUGUGGUCCUGGUGGUCCUGGUGGCCCUGGUGGCCCUGGCGGCCGGAAGAUACCAGAUCAGCGGCCCUGACCACGCUCCAGAAAAUGCUACUACUGGUGAUGCUCACUAUGCAACACAACGAGGACUUUCCGGAGACAGACAAGAGCGCCUCGUGGUUGCAGUAAUUGAUCCUGAAUCUCCAGAUGACCAUAGAUAUUCAUUUAAUACCGGUGGCGAUUCUAGUUUUGGAUUCGGGGGCGCAUACGGUGAUGGCUCAGACAAUGACAUAUACGGUGGUUCUGAUGGGAGCAAAGGAGGCACUACUAGUAGAAGUAGUGGUUCUGGUCAAGGUUAUGGUGUUGGUUCUGGUGUUGACUUGGGCAUAGGCUCUGAAGGAGGGUUCGGUUGGGAUGCUGGGACUGGUAAUGGCUUCAGUGGCGGUUCUCGUGAGGCAUUUGCUGUAAGCGAAAUGGAAGCAACUGACACAGGAAUGGAGGUUGACAGUGGAGUAGAACUUGCCACAGGUUUUGAAAGUCGCAGUGGAAGGGAUACUGGAAUUAAAUUUGAAACUGGAUUUGGCACCGGAGAAGAAACUGACAAUAGUGCAGGUAGCGGUUUUGGGAUGCGAUAUAACAGAGUAGAAAGUGACAUUAAAGGUGAGGGAGGAACUGAAAGUGAUACUGCAAUGGGAAUUGGUCAAAGACUAAGAAGUGACAGAGAUACGGGAAGUGGUUUUGGAAUUGGAAUUGGUCAAGGAUUAGGAAGUGACAGUGGUAUGGGAAGUGGCUUUGGGAUGGGAAUUGGUCAAGGAUUAGGAGGUGACAAUGGUGUGGGAAGUGGCUUGGGAAUGGGAAUUGGCCAAGGUUUAGGAAGUGACAGUGGUGUUGGAAGUGGUUUUGGAAUGGGAACUGGUCAAGGAUUAGGAGGUGACAAUGGUGUGAGAAAUGGUUUUGGAAUGGGAAUUGGCCAAGGUUUAGGAAGUGACAGUGGUGUUGAAGGUUUUGGAGUGGGAAUUGGUCAAGGAUCAGGAAGUAACACUGGUGUCGGAAGUGGCUUAGGAAUGGGAAUUGAUCAAGGAUUAGGAAGUGGCAGUGGUGUUGGAAGUGGUUUUGGAAUGGGAACUGGUCAAGGAUUAGGAGGUGUCAAUGGUGUGGGAAGUGGUUUGGGAAUGGGAAUUAGCCAAGGUUUAGGAAGUGACAGUGGUGUUGGAAGUGGUUUUGGAAUGGGAAUUGGUCAAGGUUUAGGAAGUAACAAUGGUGUGGGAAGUGGGUCUGGACUGGGAAUCAGCAAAGGAAUAGAAAGUGAGAGUGGUGUGGGAAGUGGCUUAGGGAUGGGAAUUGGUCAAGGAUUAGGGAUUGGCAGUGCAAGAGAUGGCGGGACAGGAAGUGGUUUUGGAAUGGGAAUCGGCAAAGGAAUAGGAAGUGACGGUGGUGUCGGAAGUGGCAUAGGGAUGGGAAUUGGUCAAGGAUUAGGGAGUGGAAGUGCAAGAGAGGGUGGGGCAGGAAGUGGUUUUGGAAUGGGAACCGGCAAAGGAAUAGGAAGUGACAGUGGUGUGGGAAGUGGUUCUGGAAUGGGAAUUCGUCAAGGAUCAUCAAGUGACAGUGGUUUUGGAAAUGGUUUUGAAAAAGGAAUUGGUCAAGGAUCAGGAAGUAACACUGGUGUCGGAAGUGGCUUAGGAAUGGGAAUUGGUCAAGGAUUGGGAAGUGGCAGUGGUGUGGAAAGUGGCUUAGGAAUGGGAAUUGAUCAAGGAUUAGGAAGUGACAUUGGUGGGAUAAAGGGCUUUGGAAUGGGAAUUGGUCAAGGAUUAGGAAGUGGCAGUGGUGUGGGAAGUGGUUUUGGAAUGGGAAUCGGCAAAGGAAUAGGAAGUGACAGUGGUCUGGGAAGUGGCUCUGGAAUAGGAAGUGGCAGUGGUGUAGGAAGUGGUUUUGGAAUGGGAAUUGGUCAAGGAUUGGGAAGUGGCAGUGGUGUGGGAAGUGGCACUGGAAAGAAAAAAUGCAAGGGUAAGGCAAGUGGUUUAGGGAUGGGAAUUGGCACUGGAAUUGGAAGUGACAGUGGUAUGGGAAGUGGUUUUGGAAUGGGAAUCGGUAAAGGAAUGGGAAGUGACAGUGGUGGGGGAAGUGGUUUUGGAAUGGGAAUCGGUAAAGGAAUAGGAAGUGACAGUGGUAUGGGAAGUGGUUUUGGAAUGGGAAUCGGCAAAGGAAUAGGAAGUGGCAGUGGUGUGGGAAGUGGUUUUGGAAUGGGAAUUGGCCAAGGAUUAGGAAGUGACAGUGGGGCAGGAAGUGGUUUCGGACUGGGAAUUGGUCAAGGUUCAGGAAGCGACAGUGGUGUGGGAAGUGGCUUAGAAAUAGGAAUUGAUCAAAAUUUAGGAAGUGGUAGUGGUGUGGAAAGUGGUUUUGGAAUGGGAAUUGGUCGAGGAUUAGGAAGUGACAGUGGUUUUGGAAGUGGUUUAGGAAUGGGAAUUGGUCAAAGUUCAGAAAGUGACAGUGGUGUGAGAACUGGUUCUGGAAUGGGAACUGGUGAAGGCUUAGGAAGUAAUACUGCAACAGGAAGUGGUUUUGGAAUGGGGAUUGGUCAGGGAAUAGGUAGUGGGUUGGGAAUUGAAAAUGGAAAAGAGAGAGGCAGUGUGAGUCAAGGAGUAAAUAGCCUCGAUGCAAGUACAAACACACACGUUCCAGCCAUCAGUGGAGGAGAAACAGCAGGAGAGAUUGGUGGUGCAGGAGUAUUUGGUGGAGAAGGAGGAUCCGUAAGAGGAUACAAUAGUGGUGGAGGAUUAGGAGGAGGAUUUGGAGGUGGAGUAGGAUCAGGGGGAGGAUUUGGUGGAGAAGGAGGAUCAGUGGGAGGAUUUAAUAGCGGUGAAGAAUCAGGAGGAAGAGGAUUUGGAGGUGGAGGACGACCAGAAGGAUUUUUUAGUGGUGGAAGAUCAGCAGGAAGAUUUGGUAGUGGAGGAGGAUCAGCAGGAGGAUUUGGUGCUAACGAAGAAUCAGCAGGAGGAUUUGGUGGUAAUGAAGGAUCAGGAGGAGGAUUUGGUGGUGGAGGAGGAUCAGGAAGAGGAUCAACAGGAGGAUUUGAUGCUAAUGAAGGAUUAGGAGCAUUUGGUGGAAGAGGAGGAUCAGGAGGAGGAUUUGGUAGUGGAGGAGGAUUUGGUAGUGGAGGAGGAUUUGGUAGUGGAGGAGGAUCAGGAAGAGGAUCAACAGGAGGAUUUGAUGGUAACGAAGGAUUAGGUGCGUUUGGUGGAAGAGGAGGAUCAGGAGGAGGAUAUGGUGGUGGGGGAGGAUCAGGAGGGGGAUAUGGUGGUAGAGGAGGAUCAGGAGGAGGAUAUGGUGGUGGAGGAGGAUAUGGUGGUGGAGGAGCACAUGAUGGUGGAGGAGGAUAUGGUGGUGGAGGAGGAUAUGGUGGUGGAGUAGGAUAUGGUGAUGCAGGAGCCGACGUUUAAUCAAGAAUUCCUUUGUUCGGCUGACCACUAAAGAGACGACAAGCACUGUUUCACAGCCUUCAACAAAUACGAACAUCCUUCAAUCAUCCUUUAAGAGAUCUUUGGACUUAAUCAAGCAUCCUUCAAGAGAUCCUUCGACUGAAUCAAGCAUCCUAGAAGUCAUCCUUCGACUGAAACAGGAAUCCUUCAAGUCAUUCUUUUACUGAAACAAGCAUCCUUGAAGUCAUCCUACGAAUGACUCAGGAAUCCUUCAAUGAAUCAAGCAUCCUUCAAGCCACCUUACAGUUAAAUCAAGAAUUUUCACGUUAUAUUACGUCUAAAGGAAAAUUCGUUGAUACCAUCCUUCAGUUGUUGCGAACAUCCUUCACGACAUCUUACAACUGACGCAAGUCUUCUUCAUACGGCUGACGCAAACCUACACUAUACUCUACCUUCGCUAUGCUAUCUUCGAUGUAAACGUCAUCCAGUACUACGACAGACAAAAAUCUGUCAGACGAUAUACUGGUUAAUGGAUGCAGCCUUCAAGCCAUUUUACAUCUAAGAGUGCUGUAAACCUCCGUCAGACUAUCAAUCUACUGAAGCAAACAUCCUCCGAGCAAUGAUCCUCAACCCACCUUGACCUCAAGUUUCUUCUUGUCUCCUCUCAUCAUUUCUUUCCUCCUGUGUACCUAAAUCUUGCGAUUUUUUGCCUAUUUUCCGUGGUCAGUUAAAUUCUCUUCUUCCAACCGUGUUCUGUAUAUAUUUAAGAAGAUUGUAAAAAGAAUUGGCCCGACUUCCGCUUUUGAACUAUUUCGUGUAUAGCGCAUUUCUAACGGCUUCCACUCUAAAGGAAUGCAUGAUCUCAUAUACUGUAUAUGCACACAUUUAUUGACAAAACUGUGUAGUUAUGAACUGAUACAUAUUACGCAUAUAACAAUAAAGAUUAAAAGCGAGUCAAUUAAAUAAUAUCGGAAUCAUAUGUUUAACUGUGACUUCAUGUAAUUAUCCACAUGGGUUUUAUGUACACUACAGGCUAUAAUAAAUAAAUAAUAGAAAUUCAAUGAAUACAGUAUUUACUCAGAUUUUUUAUUAUUAUUAUUAUUAUUAUUAUUAUUAUUAUUAUUAUUAUUAUUAUUAUUAUUAUUAUUAUUAUUAAUGUUAUUAUUAUUGCAUGAUUAUCAUUAUUAAGGGCGUGACUAUUAUUUUUAUCAACAUUUUAUUAAUCAUUUAUUUUUUAAUAAGCAUACUCACUGUCAAGUGCUUUAUAAUGUAGAAAAAAUUGUAGCUCAAGCUAAUGACUGUACUUAGUACAUUUUAUUACUACAUCAGGUGUUACAACAGUAGAAAAUAUGCAUAUAUUUAUUAAUAAAAUGUUGUAACAUUA